AUGAGGACAACCAACGGACUCGUUUUAAUACUCGCCGGGCUCGCGGCGGCCCUCCCGCAGCCCGGAGGUGCCUCGGCGAAAGCAAAGGAGGCAGUGAAUGGCAAGAAGUUUGAGAUCAGGUCAGAGCGUCUGCGACCGGUACCUCUCAAGAAACGGGCAAACCAGCUGAUCCCCGUCGUCGUCGGCGGGCCGCAGGUGACGUUUGUUCCAAACAUGGUCCUCGCGGCGGUAGGGGACGUCGUUCAGUUCCAGUUCAGCAACGGCAACCAUACCGUCACGCAGUCGGCCGAGGGCCAGGCAUGCACGCCGCUGCAGAUGACGGACCCGAACGCCGUACACAGCGGCCACAUUCCCUUCAAGGACGGGCAGCAGAUGGUUGGCACCUUCAACAUGGUCGUCACCAAGACGGAUCCCAUGUUCCUCUACUGCGCCACUGGUCCUCACUGCCAGCUUGGUCAGAUCAUGGUCAUCAACCCAUCAAACACGCAACAGCUGGUCAACUACAACAAGAUCUCGGCCCAGGCGACCAAGAACGUCGACGGCCUGAAAGUCAACGGCGGCAGCGUCGGACAGAUCCCUCUUGGCCUCGCCGCGUUCGUCCCGGCGGCGGCCGAGGACGACGGCAACGGAAAGGGGAAGGGUGAUGCCGGCAAAGGAAAGAACGGCAAGGCGACCGGCGGCAAGGGCAAAAAUGGAGCAGCUCCGGCGGCGUCAUCCUCAGCAGCCGCUCCCCCAGCGGCCACGGCUCCGGCUGCUGCCCCGGUCGCGGCGAACCCUGCGGCUCCGGCGGCGGGGACUCCUGCUGCUUCUCCUGCUCCAGCUGCUCCAGCUGCUUCUCCUGCUCCAGCUGCUCCAGCUGCUUCUCCUGCUCCAGCCGCUCCAGCUGCUUCUCCUGCUCCAGCCGCUCCGGCCGCUGCUGCUCCGGCCGCUGCUGAUCCGGCUGCUGCUGCUCCAGUUGCUGCUGAUCCGGCUGCCGCUACUCCGGCCGCUGCUGAUCCGGCUGCUGCUGCUCCCGAACCUGCCCCAGCUUCUGCCGAAUAA